AUGUCUGUCCCUCUGGUCUUCAAGGGCCGCGAGGAGGAGAUGACCAUUGAAGAGCUGGCGGCCAUGAGCGUUGCAGCUAAGGUUAAGAGCACCGAGCAAGGCACCGACGACGAAGAAGAGAUUUCUUUGGUCAAGUCCGACAUCACCAACAGCCCGGCCCCCGCUACACAGUCCGACAUCGCCGCGGCCAAGAAACGCAAGGCCGGUCGCCCCGCGAAGAAAACCAACGCCACCAAGAAGCUUAAACAAGCCGUCAACUCAAAGGCUACUGUCAAACCUUCGUCCGCCGCAAACAACCCGUCCUCAUCCUAUGGCAAUCCCGAGCCCCCUUCGUCGGCACCUUCGUCUACUGGCAAGCUCAGUCAGACGGCUGCUCCAGUCGGCGCAGACUCCGACAAGCGCGCUGACGAGGUUGAUGCGAAGGAUGAUGAGAAGAAUAGCGCUUCGCCUGAGCCUGCCUCAGCUCCCAAGCGGCGUGGUCGCCCGAGAAAGACACAGGCGCUCGUCCCCAACAGCACUGCCGACCAAGGCAAGCGCAUCAAAACCAAAAGUCGGGCUACCUCAGCUCGCGUGCUGAUGCUACUCGCCAAGCGACAAGCAAAAACUGACCAGCAUGGGAUGAUAGACUCGGUUCGAACCACCCGCGCCGCGAGCCGCAAUGGUUUCAUGAAGCCUGUCCCCGCUAAGACAACUCCGGCCAAGAAGGUCCCUACCACUCAUGGCCGAGGUGUCGGUCGCUCAAAGAAGACGCUCCCUAGGGGGAAAUCGAUCGCUCCGCAGUUCACUGACGAGGAGUAUGUCGUAGAGAAGAUUAUCGACUCCCGCAUCGAUCCCGCCACCAAGGAGCAGAUGUAUAUGGUCAAGUGGAAAGGCUAUGCCGCGAAGGACAACACCUGGGAGCCGAAGAAGAACCUCGGAAAGUGCGGCGCCAUGAUCAAGACCUUCAACAACUCUCAGAAUGCAAAGGGAAAGAAGUGA